UUGAAAUUGACUGUAAUCGAAAUUGAUCCUAAGAUUUUUUAGUCCUGGAUGAAGAAAAUGAAGAGUUCCGGCAUUGAUGAAGAGUUCCGGCUUUGAUGGAGGUCGUUGAUGAUGAAGAAGAAGAAGAGUUUUGGAGUCUCUCCUUCGCCGUCGACACCAGUCCUCCACCGCCAUUGCCGUCGAUCCUUACCAGAUACAACAAUGAUUUGAGUGAAAAUGAAGUUCGAAUUGGUGAAAUUAAGAGAGUUACAAAGGAGACUAAUGUCUCUGUUAGAAUAAAUUUGGACGGUACUGGAGUUUCUUAUUCUACUACCGGAAUUUAAUUUCUUGACCACAUGUUAGAUGUUAGUGCUUCUCUGUUUUCUUCUUUUUCCAAUUGUUUGCUUUGGGAAGUUGAAAAUUUGCACGAAUUGAAGCUCAAUUGAAAUAGUAUAUGACAUGGAGUUAUAAAGAAAUGAAAUUGUGCCAAAAGUUGACAUU